UUUUCCUCAGAGGCGCGGUGGCUGCCUCCCUUCACACUCCUUGCGCUCGCUGGGAGCGCCGAACCGGAGCGGGGAAGCGCGAAGUUGACCGCUAUGGGGCGAGCGCCUUGGCUUCCCCUUUUGCUCCUCGCAGUCGCCCUGAGCCGGUGCACUUCUUUACUGGGGCAGCCCCGAAGGUCCCAGCAGCGCCCGCAGCAGCAACAAGCAGCGCCGCAGCAACGAGGUUUGUUUCCUGCAGUGCUCAACUUGGCUUCUAAUGCUCUCAUCACCACAAAUGCUACCUGUGGUAAAAGAGGUCCAGAAAUGUAUUGUAAGCUGGUGGAACAUGUCCCUGGCCAACCAGCAAGAAACCCUCAAUGCCGCAUCUGUGACCAGCGUAGUAGGAAUCCAAACUUGAGACAUCCCAUAUCAAAUGCAAUUGAUGGCAAGAAUACAUGGUGGCAAAGCCCUAGCAUUCAAAAUGGAAUGGAAUAUCACUAUGUGACCAUCACACUUGAUUUACGGCAGGUAUUCCAGAUUGCUUAUGUCAUUGUAAAAGCAGCUAAUGCACCACGGCCUGGAAACUGGAUUUUGGAGCGUUCAUUAGAUGGUAACAAUUAUGAACCUUGGCAGUACCAUGCUAUCACAGACACGGAAUGUCUGACUCGUUACAACAUCACCCCUCGCACUGGGCCUCCUUCUUAUGCAAAAGAUGAUGAAGUUAUAUGUACUUCGUAUUAUUCCAAAAUCCAUCCUCUAGAAAAUGGAGAGAUUCAUACCUCCUUAAUCAAUGGGCGGCCAAGUGCAGAUGAUCCUUCCCCAACACUAUUGGACUUUACAUCAGCUCGUUAUAUUCGCUUAAGAUUUCAGAGGAUACGGACCCUAAAUGCGGAUUUGAUGAUGCUUGCACACCGAGAUCCCAAUGAAAUCGAUCCAAUAGUCACAAGAAGGUAUUAUUAUUCUGUGAAAGACAUCUCAGCAGGAGGAAUGUGCAUCUGUUUUGGCCAUGCAAAAGCAUGCCCAUUGAAUCCAGCCACAAAUAGAUCUUCUUGUGCAUGUGAACAUAACACUUGUGGAGAAAGCUGUGAUCGGUGUUGUCCUGGAUUUAAUCAGAAACCAUGGCAAGCUGGGACUUUCCUUGUAAAACAUGAAUGUGAAGCUUGCAACUGCCAUGGGAAGGCAGAAGAAUGUUACUAUGAUCAAAUGGUGGCAGACAGAAAGCAGAGUUUGAAUCUCCAUGGAGAAUAUCUUGGAGGCGGAGUAUGCAUUAACUGUACCCAGAACACUGCGGGCUUCAAUUGUGAAACAUGCAUUGACGGAUACUUCAGGCAAAAAGGGGUUCAUCCAAAAGAUCACCAACCAUGCCAGCCGUGUCACUGUUAUUCUGUGGGCUCUUUAGAUGGCACUUGUGUCAAGGAUGAAAAGCAAGCUACAGGAGGUAUGCAUCCUGGAUCCUGUCAUUGUAAACCAGGUUUUGGAGGAGACAGGUGUGAUCGGUGUGCAUUGGGCUACAAAAACUUUCCUUACUGUGUGCCCUGCAAUUGUUCUCUGAAAGGCAGCUUGAAUGAUGAUCCUUGUGAAGGACCUUGCAGAUGCAAGGUCUAUGUUGAAGGAAAGAACUGUGAUCGCUGUAAAGCUGGCUUCUUUAACUUGCAGCAAGACAACCCCCAGGGCUGUGAAGCAUGUUUCUGUUCAGGAAUAACAAAUGACUGUACAAAUUCUCACUGGACUUACAGCACGAUUAUGGACAUGAAUGGCUGGCAUUUGACUGAUGAAUGGGGUCUUGCUAGAAUUACUCCUCAGCAGGACAGUUUCGAUGGACCUCAGCAACUGAGCAUCAGUAACACAGUUGCAAGAUCUAUUCUGCAUCCUAUUUAUUACUGGAGUGCGCCCAGUCCUUAUUUGGGCAACAAAAUAACAGCGGCUGGAGGACAUCUGAAAUUUACUGUUUCAUAUGACCUCGCUGGGGAAGAAGAUAUUGCUGAGGCCAUCCUUCAGCCCGAUGUCAUCAUAGAGGGAAGUGGGUUGAGAAUAAGCACAUCGCAGGAAGGGAUUCACUUGAACCCAUUUGAAGAGCACACAGAAGAAGUCUUACUGAAGCACAACUUAUUCAUGCUGCACGGCGUUCCAGUCAGCAAAAGGGAAUUUAUGACUGUUUUGGCGAAUAUAAAAAAACUCCUUAUAAGAGCCACAUACAGCAAUGGGAUGAAUGCCAUCUACAGGUUGAGUGGUGUCAGCCUGGAAUCUGCUAAUGACUUAUUGACUGGACAAAAAGAUGCAUCUGCUGUUGAAAUUUGCCAGUGUCCUACAGGAUAUUUGGGUUCCUCCUGUGAAUCAUGCUGGCCAGGACACAGACGAGUUAACGGCACUAUCGUUGGUGGAAUCUGUAGACCGUGCACUUGUUUUGGUCAUGCAGAGUCCUGUGAUGAUAUCACAGGAGAAUGUCUGAACUGCAAGCACAACACAGGUGGUCGAUAUUGUGAUAGAUGUCUUCCUGGUUUCUAUGGAGAUGCUACUAAAGGGAAAGCUGAUGAUUGCCAGCUGUGUGCCUGCCCACUGAGUAUAUCUUCAAACAAUUUUAGCCCCACGUGCCAUUUGGACCAAACUCACGGAUUUAUUUGUGAUGGAUGUCCCCCUGGGUAUGCUGGCUUACGCUGUGAAAGGUGUGCAGAAGGCUAUUUUGGACAACCUUCAAAACCAGGGGGAUUGUGCCAGCCUUGCCAAUGUAAUGACAACCUUGACUUCUCCAUUCCUGGCAGCUGUGACAGCUUGUCUGGAGCUUGUCUUAAAUGUAAGCCAGGUACAACAGGCCAGUACUGUGAGAAGUGUGCUGAUGGGUAUUUCGGAGAUGCUCUUGAUGUAAAGAAAUGUCAACCCUGCAGCUGCAAUAUCAAUGGCUCAUUUUCAGAAGUCUGUGACUCUAAGACUGGACAAUGUCAUUGCAAGCCCAAUGUUCUGGGACGUCAGUGUAACCAGUGUAAGUCCACUUACUUUUGGGCUCCAGAAAAGCAGUUCUGCAUUCCAUGUGGUUGCAAUCCAGUAGGGUCCAUGUCCUUGAACUGUGAUGUGUCAGGGAGAUGUAUUUGUAAAUCUGGAUUUGCUGGUAAACGGUGUGAAUUGAGCAGGCAGGUGUAUAUCCGGAAAAGGAAGCCAUCGAACUCUCAACAAACAAAAGCACCCCGUCAAAGAUGGGGCUCUCCCACUGCAAGUGGGUGUCCAAGGGGUGCUUUCAAGUCUUCUGCUGUGUCUGGUACCUUUGGUGUGCAGUCAUCAAGAGGAUGUCUCCCGUGCAAUUGUAAUUCAUUUGGAUCAAAAUCAUUUGACUGUGAUGAGACCGGACAAUGCCACUGUCAACCAGGUGUUGGAGGAAAGAAAUGUGAUCAUUGUGCUCAUGGAUUUUACGGUUUUGAGGAAGGAGGAUGCACCCCUUGUCAGUGUUCCCAUCUUGGCAAUAAUUGUGACCCGCAUACUGGCCGUUGCAUCUGCCCUCCCAAUACUACAGGAAACAGAUGUGAAAAAUGUAUACCAAAUCACUGGGGUCAUGAUAUUAUCAGUGGGUGCAAGGCCUGUGACUGCAGUGUAGCUGGAUCCCUCAGCUUCCAGUGCAACCCUGAUACUGGCUGCUGUUUCUGUCGUCCAGAAUUCUCUGGCGAUAAAUGCACUGAAUGCAGGCUAGGCUAUCGGAAUUACCCACAAUGCAUUGCCUGUGACUGCCUGGUAGCGGGGACCGAGCCCCAGACUUGUGAUUCAGAAAUGGAAAAGUGUUCUUGUGCUGAUCAUACAGGACAGUGCACCUGUAAAAUGAAUGUGGAAGGCGUCAACUGUGACAGGUGCAAACCUGGCCGAUUUGGACUCUCUGCCAAAAACCCACUUGGCUGCAACAGCUGCUACUGCUUUGGCCUGACAUCAGAAUGCCGUGAGGCAAAGGGACUGGUCCGUGUGUGGUUGACUCUGAAGCCAGAUCAGGUUGUCCUUCCUUUGGUUGAUGAAAAUGUCCAGCACCAAACUACCAAAGGGAUUAUAUACCAAUAUCCAGAGACAAUUGCAAAUAUUGACUUGGUAAUGCAAGAUCUACACUCAGAACCGUUUUAUUGGAGACUUCCAGAACAAUUUGAAGGAAAGAAGCUGAUGGCUUACGGAGGAAAGCUGAAAUAUGCUAUCUUUUUUGAAGCAAGGGAAGACACAGGUUUUGCAACUUACAAUCCCCAGGUCAUAAUCAGAGGUGGGCUUCCCACACAUACACGAAUUAUUGUCAGGCAUGUGGUGGCUCCUCUGAAUGGCCAGUUGACAAGGCAUGAGAUAGAAAUGACAGAGCAUGAGUGGAAAUACCAUGGUGAUGAUCCAAGGAUCACGCAGACUGUGACCCGUGAGGAUUUCAUGGAUGUCCUAUACAACAUUCAUUACAUACUUAUCAAAGCAACUCAUGGCAGAUUCAUGAGACAAAGCAGAAUUUCUGAGAUUAGCCUGGAAGUUGCAGACACAGGAAAUGUAUCAAGAAGAACUCCAAGCGCCCAACUGAUUGAGCAGUGUAACUGUCCUAUGGGCCAUUUUGGUUUGUCAUGUGAGGCCUGUUCCCCAGGUUUUUAUAGACUUGCUUCUCCAUAUACUGGCAGAAAGCCAGGUCCUGCCCUAGGAGCCUGUGUCCCUUGUUCAUGCCACAGGCAUAGUGAAAUGUGUGAUCCUGAAACCUCAAUUUGUCAGAAUUGUCGUCACAACACAUAUGGUGACCACUGUGAAAGAUGUGCUCCUGGAUUCUAUGGGAUCGUUAGAGGAAAUCCCACUGACUGUCAGCCUUGUGCCUGCCCUUUGACCAUAUCAAGCAACAAUUUCAGUCCCUCGUGUAUUGUUGAAGGAGUUAACGAUUACCGAUGUACAGCUUGCCCACCUGGAUAUGAAGGACAAUACUGUGAAAGAUGUUCUCCUGGAUACACUGGGAACCCAAAAGUUCCUGGUGGAUCUUGUCAAGAAUGUGAGUGUCAUCCACAUGGUUCGCUGCCUGUUCCUUGUGACCCUCUCACUGGACAAUGUGUGUGCAAGCCUGGAUCUACUGGCUGGAAGUGUGCAGGAUGUGAACCCUGGCAUGCUCGUGAAGGCAUAGCAUGUGUUUCUUGCGAUGAUGAGUGCACUGGUGUCCUUCUUCAUGACUUGGAUCAGUUAAAUCAGAUGAUUCUACGUGUUAAUCUUAGCGGACCACUUUAUCCACCAUAUAAAAUGCUUUAUUCUUUUGAAAAUACAACCCACGAAUUAAAGCAUUUAUUGUCACCUCAGCAAGCACCAGAAAGACUUCUUAAUUUGGCACAGAAGAAUUUAGAUACUCUUGUGAUAGAAAUGGAUGAAUUGCUGACAAGGGCGACCAAGGUGACAGCAGAUGGGGAACAAACUGGACAGGAUGCUAAGACAACUAAUGAGAGAGCGAAGUCGCUUGGACAGCUCAUCAAAGUCACCCUCCAGGCUGCAGAAGGUGUAAAUGAUGCUGCUUUAAAACUGAAUGAGACACUUGGGAUCCCAGACAAGGCACUUGACAAAAGCUUUCAAGAAUUACAAAGUGAAGUUGACAAAAUGAUGGCAGAACUUAGGAAGAGAAAAUUGGAAGUGCAAAAGGCAGUAGCUCAAGAUGAAUUGGAGUCAGCAGAAGACCUCUUGAAAAACAUGAACAAGCUAUUUGUAGAGCCAAAGAAAAAAACUGAGGACCUGAAAAAUGAAGUCAAAGAGAAACUAACAGACUACCAUGAUAAAAUUGAUGAUGCUCUGAACCUGUUAAGAGAAGCAACUAAUAAAAUUCGGGAAGCAGACCGAUUAUCAGCCAUCAACCAAAGAAACUUGACGGCAGUAGAGAAAAAGAAGCAAGCUAUAGAAAAUGGACGGCAGGAAACUGAAAAUACUCUAAGAGAAGGAAAUGACAUCCUUGGUGAAACUAAUGAACUUGCAAAUGGAAUCAAUUUGGCUGUGGAGAACAUAGAUAAUAUUAAGAACGAAAUAGGCCCACUGUCAGUUGAGCUAAAAGAUAAAAUAGAUAAUCUGUCUGGAAAUAUCAAAAAUAAGAAGCUUCCAGAAAAGGUACUGCAGGCAGAAGCCCAUGCUGCCCAGCUGAACGAUUCAUCUGCUAUUUUGGAUGGAAUCCUUGAUGAAGCUAAAAACCUCUCCUUCAAUGCAACAAUAGCUUUUAAGGCUUACAGCAAUAUCAAGGAUCAUAUUGAUGAAGCGGAUGCAAUUUCUAAAGAUGCUAAAGCUCGUGCCAAUGAAGCCAUACAACUGGCAUCUGGUCCAGAAGGCUCAUUAAAGGAUGCUGCCAAGAAUGCUUUACAAAAAAGCUUCAGGGUUCUUAAUGAUGCCAACAAACAGGCAAAUGAUGUUAAAGAAAAUGAGGAUAAUCUAAAAGGAAUGCAGAAUAAGUUGCAAGUUGCAGGGGCAAGAAACUCAGCUCUGUUGAAAGCUCUGAACGACACCCUGGAAAAGCUAUCAGCAAUUCCAAAUGAUACAGCAGCCAAAGUACAAGCAGUUAAAGACAAAGCCAAGCAAGCUAACGAUACUGCAAAUGAGGUACUGGCUAAAAUCAGAGAUCUCAAUCAAAACCUCCUUGGAUUAAAAGACAGAUACAGAAAAGUUGCAGAUGAUGCAGCCAAAACAAACGCUAUGUUGAAAGACCCUACUAAAAAUAUUGCUGAUGCAGAUGACACUGUUAAAAAUCUGGGCAAAGAAACAGAUCGGUUAAUGGAUAAAUUGAAACCAAUCAAACAACUUCAAGAUAACCUGGGGAAGAACAUCUCUCACAUUAAGGACCUGAUAAAUCAAGCCAGGAAGCAAGCCAAUUCUAUUAAAGUAUCUGUGGCUUCAGGAGGAAACUGUAUUCGAACAUACAGACCAGAAAUUAAAAAAGGACUGUACAACACUGUUAUUCUCAACGUAAAGACAACUGUUCCUGAUAAUCUACUUUUUUAUCUUGGAAGUAAUAGAUAUACUGACUUCUUGGCCAUAGAAAUGCGUAAAGGAAAAGUGGAUUUCUUAUGGGACGUGGGAUCUGGGGUUGGGCGUGCUGACUAUCCGGAUCUCACAAUUGAUGACGGAGUUUGGUACCGAAUUGAAGCCUCAAGGACUGGAAGAAAUGGCACCAUUUCAGUACAGGCAUUAGAAGGUCCCAAAGCUACCAUCAUUCCAGGCAUUUUCAGUGGAAUUUCUCCACCUGGUUACACAAUUUUAGAUGUAGAUGCAAACGCCAUGCUAUUUGUUGGAGGUUUAACUGAGAAAAUAAAGAAAUCUGAUGCUGUGAGAGUUACUACAUUCACAGGAUGCAUGGGAGAAACCUAUUUAGACAGCAAACCAAUAGGACUAUGGAAUUUCAGAGACAUUGAAGGAGAGUGUAAAGGCUGUGCUGUCAGCCCCCAGGUGGCAGAUGGUGAGGGAACUGUUCAGUUUGAUGGAGAAGGUUAUGCUACCGUGAGCCGUCCCAUAAGAUGGAAUCCCAAUAUCUCCAUGGUCAUGUUCAAAUUCAAGACGUUUUCUUCUACUGCUCUGCUGAUGUAUCUUGCUACUCUAGACUUGAAGGAUUUCAUGAGCAUAGAACUCAGUGAUGGGCAUAUUAAAGUCAGCUAUGAUCUAGGCUCAGGAACAGCCUCAGUUGUCGGCAACCAGAGCCACAAUGAUGGGAAAUGGAAAUCAUUCACCUUGUCAAGAAUUCUCAAACAAGCGAAUAUAUCAAUUGUAGACAUAGAUUCUAACAAUGAAGAAAUCAUACCGGCAGUUUCUCCAGGAAAGCAUUUUGGUCUCAAUUUGAAAGCUGAUGAGCCUAUUUAUUUUGGUGGAUUGCCAUCGCUGAGAAGAAACCUAAGUAUGAAAUCAAGACCAGAAGUAAACACAAAGAAAUAUGCAGGCUGUCUCAAGGAUAUUGAAAUUUCCCGGACACCAUAUAAUCUUUUAAGUAGUCCUGACUAUCUUGGCAUUACCAGAGGGUGCACAUUGCAGAAUAUCUACACAGUCAGCUUCCCUAAACCUGGCUUUGUGGAGAUGCCGCCAGUCUCUCUUGAAGUGGGAACAGAAAUUCACCUGUCCUUCAGUACUAAAAAUGAAUCUGGUAUCAUACUCUUUGGUACUAAUGAAAUAUAUGUACCUCCAAGAAGGAAACGCAGACAAACAGGGCAGGUAUAUUAUGCUGUAUUCCUGAAUGGAGGUCGGCUUGAAGUACAUAUUUCUACUGGAGUAAGAGAUCCACGCAGGAUUGUUGUGAAACCUGAGUCUGGCGAGUUUCAUGAUGGCAAAGAACAUUCCCUUUGGUUGGAAAGACUUGGAGGGCUGUUUGCUAUUCAAGUAGAUGAGGACAGAAGACAGUCCCAGCGACUCCCAGUCGAUCAGCCUAUCUCCAUUAAAAGGCUUUUUGUGGGAGGAACCCCACCUGAAUUUCACGUGCCCCCAAUUAAAAACAUACCUGCCUUUGAUGGCUGUAUAUGGAACCUGGUUGUCAAUGCUGUUCCAAUGGAUUUCGCCCAAUCAGUAGCCUUUGAAAAUGCAGAUAUAGGACAAUGUCCUGAUUUAGGACCACAUCAUGAAAGGGAGGAUGAAGAUCAAACUCCCGAGACAACAAGUCAUCCUGAACCAGAGAAGGGAGAAAGGAAAGCAAGUACACCUUCUCCUCCUCCUCCUCCUCUCCCACCUUUUCCUGAAUUGCUUACGGCUGAAGUGAAGAGCGCCAGUAGUUCAGCUGACUCUCACCUGACGGUAUCUCCUAGUGUGGCCCUGCCUUUUCCCUCCCUUUCUCUUAACAAUGCUUGAUGAACUGCAGUGGGGUUUCGGUGACUAAAUGGCUUCCUUCUCUUCUCCUUCCAACACUGGUGAUGCAGUUUUUUGUGCACAAAAGUGUGAGAUGGUCUGACAGCAAUUCCAUUUCCGUCAAUACUUCUGCCAAAGGCACUGGUUUCUGUUGCCCUGGAAACAUCAGCUCAAGGUUUCAGCUGAAAAGCUUAAUUAAACAGUUCCUUAAAAUGUUCCAUGGUGCAUGUAUGUGGCUAUGCUGGAUGAGUGGGAUUUGUCAUUAUCAUCCACCCACAUUUCAUAAAAAGUACAUUAAAUCUCAAGUAGGCAAUGACUGCACAGGGAGGGUGGGGUUCUGUUUAUCUCCCUUGUCAGUUACCAUUUGCUUAAGGACUAUCCUCACACAUUUGUAAAUGAGCUCUUCCAGACAUUCUCCUGAUUUGGCCUUCUUACUCAAUAGUAUCACAAAACUGGAACAUACAGCAAUGCACAUGUCAUGUUUAGAGUGUUGCUAUUGUAAGCAUGAUCUAGCAAAUCAGGGAAUUGGCAAGGAAUCUGGAUGGGUAGGGUUCAGUGGUAAAAUUCAAUUUUUUUUACUACCGGUUCUGUGGGUGUGGCUUGGUGGGCAUGGCAGGGGGAAAAUCCCCAUUCCCUCCCCACUCCUGAGGGAAGGAUAUUGCAAAAUCUCCAUUCCCACCUCACUCUGGGGCCAGCCAGAGGUGGUAUUUGCGGGUUCUCUGGACUACUCAAAAUUUCCGCUACCAGUUCUCCAGAACCUGCUGGAUUUCACCCCUGGUAGGGUUGCCUUGUUUGAGUCUCAGGCAUCAAAAAUACUUUGUCUGGAAGUGCUUUACUGUCCUAUUCUCUGUGUCUUUCUCCUUUAAUUGCACUGGGAUGGAAUAAGAAGAGUAUGCUUGUUCUUAUAAACCAUUUUAAAACCUGUUUUUGGCCUCUGUUAAGAUUUCUUUGCAUGGACAAAUUGUUACCAAAACAUCAAGAGAAUUAUUUUAAAAUAUACAUUUUAUGUUUUUUUUCCUCUAUGUUUUAUAUUCAUGGUGUCUUAAAUCUCUUUUGCAGUAAGAAAUGCUUUGAUUUGGAUGAAGACAAAUCAAAGAAUAUUUCCAACAUAACUAAAUAUGUAAAAAUAUUUAUUUUAGGAACUCAAAAUCUAUUCUGUCCCGAAGCAUUAUUGUUCAUUUCGUAUCACUUUGUUUGAUUUCUAUUGGCAUUAUCCAAUAUAUCCUGAAAAUUAUCCAUAUAAACUGAAAAUAGAUGCCACUCAUAUUUAUGUCUGCCUUUUAUAGCUAGCAUUAAAAGGCCAUUAUUAUAACACAAAUAGUUUAAUGGAACCUAUUUACAAGGAAUCCCACAUAUACAAAAUCCACAUACUCUUUUCUCUUUUUUCCCCUAUAUUAAGGCCAUAUAUAUACUUUUUUUCUCUCCUUCUAUUGAAUUAGCAAAAUUAUAGUAUUAAGGUAAUUUUAACUAUAAUUAUUUGGACCAACUUUUUUCAUAAAAAUGAAGAUGCUCGAGAUUCCAGGAAAGCUAUUAAAUAGCUAUUUUCAAUUCUGCAGGAUAUUAUUAUAAUGGUGCACUCACUAUAUAUACAUUUAGCAUAAACAUUUUGCAGAUUUAAAAUCCACAGGUGUGCUUCUAGAAAUCUCAGCUUGAUUGAAAUAUGACAUUAUAUGCUAAAGUGAUUGCAUAUCAAUUUUCUCUCCUUCCAACUCAGUAAUUUUCUGCAGUGGUAAGUAAGAUCUAUACUAUAUAUUUGAUCCAUCAUCUUAACAAGAGAAAAAAUGAUUGGUGUUGGAUUGUUCUAUUACUGCACACUUGAUCCUGCAACAGCAAAUGCUGUACUAUUUGUUUUAUUCCACCAGGCAACAUAAGUGUGUGAUUUAUUUAAACCUCAUAAAAAGACUUAUGUCCAGUGUCUGGAUUCACAAAGCUAUAAUAACUAUAGUACAUCCAGCUUUUGCAUAGAGGUAGUACUGUGAUUAUGAUUUCAAUCGAAUAGCAGUGGAAAAGUAGUGGAUUUUCAGUUGUAAAUGGGAUGCAAUGUCUACUAUUGAUAUAGAUCCGUGAUGGUAAACCUAAGGCACAUGUGCCACAGAUGGCAUGCGUAGCCAUAUCAGUGAGCACGCGGGCUCAGCUCUGGCGCACAUGCGCACACCAGCCAGAUCUCUAGGAGUCUCUGGAGGCUGGGGACAGCAAAAAACGUCACUUCCUGUCCAACCGGCCUCCAGAGGGCCUCCAGGGAGGUGGGGAAGGCCAUUUUCGCCCUCCCCGGACUCAUAGAGAGGCUCUGGAGCCAGGUGAGAGAGAAAAACAGGCCUACCGGGCCAUCGCUUGCCGGGAGCAGGGGGGAGUGGGGGGUUGCAUGCGCAUGAAUGGGGCACAUAGAAUUAUGGGUGUGGGCACAUGUGCGCCCUCCCCCUCUUCCCCCCCUUUCUGACACACAAUGGCAAAAAGAUUAGCCAUCACUGAUAUAGAUGCAAUUGUUGAGUGAGCAUUUAUGCCAAAACCAAGCGUUAGAAAAUAGUUAAAAGAGGAGAAAGGAAUUUGGUGUUUUACAAUAAUAAAAUGAUUUGUUCUUCAGGCAAACUAUUGAUCACUUUCCUCAAAUGGUAUGGGAGUGAGUAGUCCUGUUCUAAAUUACUGGUGCAUACAGAAGGAAAGAUUAUGAGGGUGU